UAUUUAUUGAUCAGACGACAUGUUUUGACGGUGUUUUUUUUUUUUUUUACGUGAAUUCGUGUGUUUAAUUCCCUUGACUCUAGUUUUCUGUAGUAGGAUGACAAACUCGACAGACUAGUUUUUUUUAGCCUUAUGCACCCGGAAACACCUCAAGACUGAAACCCGGCGCUUUAAAGCGACUGAGCACUGAUUUCACAAAGGCUUCAUAAAACAGACUUGGUGUACUUGAAAUGGAAAGUCAAAAACAGGUGAUUGAGAAACUUAGGGCCGCCUUCCGGUCCAGAAUGACUUUUCCCUUACAUUUCCGUCGCACUCAGCUGGAGGCUUUGUUGUCUUUGCUAGAAGAUAACGAGGCACAGAUCUUAGAGGCACUGCAUAAAGACCUCGCCAAGCCCAAGUUUGAGGCAGUGCUGUCAGAAAUCGACAUGGUGUCCAAUGAGCUUCGUUACACCAUCUGUAACUUCGAAUCCUGGCUUCAGCCAAGCUAUGUGGGGAAAAACCUGGCAACAAAACUAGAUGACUGCUUUGUACGCAGAGAACCUUUAGGGGUCGUGUUGAUUAUCGGUGCAUGGAACUAUCCUCUCCAGCUCAUUUUAGCACCACUGAUUGCUGCUAUUUCUGCAGGAAACUGUGCAAUCCUGAAGCCUUCAGAAAUCAGUCAAGCAACCGAGCAACUCCUUUCAGAGCUAAUACCGAAAUACCUCUCUCAGGAGUGUUUCGCUGUUAUUUGUGGAGGAGCAGAGGAAACCAAAUCUUUGUUGCAGAACCGAUUUGAUCAUAUUUUCUACACAGGAUCUCAGGCGGUGGCACGGAGCAUCCUGCAGGCAGCCGCAGUGCAUCUCACCCCUGUCACUCUGGAGCUGGGUGGAAAAUGCCCGUGUUUCAUUUACGGCCAUAUAGACGUCAAGGCUGCUGCAAAAAGGCUUGUAUGGGCCAAGUAUUUUAAUGCAGGGCAGAGCUGUGUGGCACCGGAUUAUGUCCUGUGCACAGCAGAGAUGCGAGAUAACCUAAUUCCCAUGAUCAGAGAAGCCUUGGAGAGCUUCUAUGGACAACAGAUUCAAGAGAGCCCAGACUAUGGCCGAAUCAUCACAGAUAGACACUGGAACAGACUCACAGAGCUCCUGAGAAAGUCACAAGGAAAGGUGGUUAUAGGAGGAGAAAGCGUGAAAGAGGACAAAUACAUGGCUCCCACGGUGCUUGUGGACGUGACCGAAUCAGAUGUUCUAAUGCAAGAGGAAAUUUUUGGCCCCAUUCUUCCCAUCCUCACUGUGGAGUCUCUAGAGCAAGGCAUCAGUUUCAUCAACGACAGAGAGAAGCCACUGGCACUCUAUGUGUUUUCUGAUCAGUCUCAGGUGGUGAAUACAGUAUUAGAGCAAACCAGCAGUGGAGGGUUUUGUUCAAAUGAUGGGAUUGUUCACAUGACACUUCCUGGUUUGCCUUUUGGAGGAGUAGGUGCAAGCGGGAUGGGGAGUUAUCACGGCCGCUGGGGCUUCGAGACGUUCAGCCACAGAAGGGGGUGUAUGCUGCGAGGCUGGGCACUCGAGCGCAUCAGCGCACUACGCUAUCCUCCAUACCAAGAGUCGAACCUGGGCUGGCUGCGCUGGGCCACGCAGGCCAAAAAGAAGGGCUGGGGAGGAUGCAGCCUCAUGUGAUCUUUUGUCGUAUCUGCAGAUCAUCAUGGCUUUUAACAGUAACUUACAUUCCUGCUUGGUCAGUGGAAGGAAACCAAGCAUGUAAAAGCAUUCGAGAGAGAAAAACUAUAAACUGGUUGUGUGCUACACAUGGUGUAAUAAAAUGACACUUUUUCUUUCUUUACUUAAUUUACAACACUAUCUUCGAGAUGACUUUUCAUAUGGUUAGGCACGUUGCAUUACUGUUUUCUCAAUAAGCAACCAGUCAUGAGAUUUGGGUCCCAUUUAAAGUAAAUAUUACAUUUAUUCAAACUAAUAUUUCAUAAAACAUCAUGUAAAUAUUCAGUCAGUACACAAGUUUGCAUUUGUGCCACUGUGUUAAAUUUCAAUUAUUCUUUAAAAUAAAACACUAAACACUUUA